AUGAGUAUCAAUACUGCCCCUAUCAAAUACGCUCAACGAAGUGACUCUCUGUACUUGACAAUUGCGUUGCCAGACGUCAAGGACGAGACAAUUGUUUUGACGGACACCGAGCUAAAGUUUGAUGGAAAGAGUCAAGGUAAGGAAUACAAGGUCGGCAUUGAGUUUUUCAAGCCAGUCGACGCCGAAGGUUCCACCUACAAGGUAUUGCCGCGAUCCAUUCAAAUGCAGAUUCUCAAGAAAGACAAGGAAGAGGAAGAAUUCUGGCCUCGUUUGCUGAAGGAUAAGGCAUUGGAGAAGAAUCAAGUAAAGAUUGACUGGGAUCGUUAUGUUGAUGAAGACGAAGAGGAAGAAGCUGGAGGCUUUGACACGUCCAACUUGGAAGGUGGAAUGGGAAUGGGUGGCAUGCCACCAGGAAUGGGCGGUAUGCCAGGAAUGGGCGGCAUGCCAGGCAUGGGUGAUAUGAUGGGUGGGAUGGGCGGUAUGCCUGGUAUGGGCGGUGGUGGCAUGCCGGGAAUGCCCGGUGGUAUGGACAUGGAGGCUUUGAUGAAGCAAAUGGGUGACAUGGGAGCCAUGGGAGGGGGAAUGCCUGGAAUGGGCGACAUGGGAGGUGAAGACGAUGGCGAUGAUGACGACGAUGGUGAUUUGGAUGACUUACCGGACCUAGAGGAAACCAACUAA